UUGUCAUAAUUCACCAGACACUACAACUCGAAACAGCUUACACAAGACUGAUCACUGACAUUUACCGCAUAUUCCUCACAAGAUUAAACGAAAACAUGCAGAGUCUGAUUAUAUUAAGCUUGGUGCUCGUUUUUAAAUCCUGUUUAGGACAAAGUUGUCCAGCGCCCGCAAAUAGCGGGUGUACGUGUGACGAAGGACCACCGGGUAGUAGUGAACGCGUCAUCAACUGCCGAGACGCCGGACUGUCUAGUAUACCUGUCUUCAGUCCAUCAGAUGAGGUUUUCUUGGAGGUGACCUUCAGUAACACUCAGUCCCCAUCUCCUUCCUGUUCAAGAUGCAACAAGAUUACAACAGUGCCUGCAAACGCGUUUCAAGGACUCAAAUUCAAAGUUCUUGACCUCAGUAAAAAUUCGGUGUCCAGUUUUGAUAACAAUGCCUUUGCAGGACUAGAGGAUUAUAUGGAGGAACUAACGAUUCAGGGAAGUUCUUCAGCUGUGCCAUAUACAGCGAUAUCGAGAUUAAGAAAACUGAAGAAACUCUCACUCAGUCACUUCUCACAAAGUAUAAUUGGUAGGGACAACACUGACCUUCAAAGUCUGGUUAACUUGGAAACCUUAGAGUUCAAGAAUAUGGACACUGAGUUUAUUCAGAGUGAUGCCUUCAAGGAUCGUGUCCCUAUGUUGAAGAAAUUGGUUCUAGAGGCAUUAAAGAUAAGAACAUUCCCUGUAGCUGGAAUAGCAGAAUUGACCUCACUGGAACAUUUGUCUGCGGUCUACCUGGAAAUCAAAGAAAUACCUUACCAGGCUUUAGCCUCGCUUCACAACCUCCAGGAACUGGUUCUAUCACACAACGGUCUAACUACACUCCGAUCAGGCUGUUUUGAUGGAAUUCAAGACUCCCUAAGAUAUCUUGGACUUCACAUUAAUAAUUUAGAUGAGAGCAGUGUUGGAGCCAUCGCUUCUGAAAGGUGGGACAAAUUAGAACAACUUAAUCUUGGGCAUAACAAUAUGAAAGUCAUUCCAAGUGGGUUAUUCUACAACAUGCGUAGUUUGGUUUAUCUGAACAUUGAUUCAAACUGGUUAACAAAAAUCGGAUCUGAAGACUUUCAAGGCCUUGACUCAUUACAGUUUUUAGAUGCAUCCUAUAAUAAUCUCGUGGAAAUAGAAGAUGGUGCUUUUAUGAAGACACCCCGAUUGCAAGAGCUAGAUCUCCGAGGCGAAAACACAAACAUUCCACAAAAUACUGCGAUUUUUCAAUUAAAUACAAAAAGUGUACAAGGCCUGGAUAAUUUAGAAAGGCUUAUUCUCGCCGAUACUGUCCUCGAUGAGACAACUUUAUGGAGUGCAUUGAAGCGCCUCACCAACCUCCAAGUUCUUAAGCUUGGGGGAACAGGAAUCACAGAAAUUCCCGACUUCCAGUUUGAAAAUAAUCAACAUUUGAAAUAUCUCAUGGUGGAAAACAACAAACUUACUAAACUCACCGAACAACAAAUGUAUGGCUUAACAGACAAUUUGGUGAGUUUGAGCAUUGGAAACAAUCAAAUUCGAGAGUUAGAUGAAUGUGCACUAAACAAAUUUACAAAGUUGGAAAUGCUUUACAUCAAUAACCUUCCCCUCCACUGCGAUUGCAAAAUUCUCUGGCUAUAUGACUGGCUCAACGAACUAAGAAUAAAAAACGACAUCAAAUACUUUUUAAUCAGAGCGAUUUGCAGUACUCCUACACCUUUAGCUGGCAGAAAUUUGGUGACUGUUAACAGGACUAAACUGGUGUGUGAAAGUAGCUACACCCCGAAAAGGUGUAACGAUUUUACUACCCCUCCUUCCAUCACCACCACUGUGUCCCCCUCGGUCCCACCUGUCACCAAAAAAUCACCCACAAACAACGUAUUCAGCUUCGAAAGAAUCACCGAAUCCAGUUCUACCGUCAAGUUUGAGUGGAAAGUUUCAGAUCCAGAGAAAAUAGACAAAUACUUUUUGGAGUACCAACUUUUGAGGACUUUUCAGUGGAAUAAAGUGGAUGUUCCAAGGACUGCCUUAAGUUUUGAAAAGGAAAAUUUGCAGAAGAACUCUAACUAUCUUUUCUGUUUAACCGUUGUCCUGAAAAGCAAAGAGAGCAUAAGACCAUGUAUUGUUGUCAAUACCUUGCCAUAGACACACAUAUAGAAACAAUGGUAAAAAGCACAGUGUUCAAGGAAAUCCAUUUACAUUCCUAUUGUUAUAUUUUUACUGUAUUGUUAUUGUGUUAAUUUAUUUGUUUUUUGUAUUCAUCUUUUUAAAAUUUAAAUUUACUAUACUCAAAUAUGCAUUUCUAUAGAUAUUUAUAUACUAUGCAUUUGAAUGUCUAGUCGAGAAUAGGCUAAAGCAAGAAGACAAGAUUAAUUUCAAAUCGCUUUUGUAUCAAUGCUAUAGAUAAAGAAUCUCUAAUCUAUUUUAUUAGAUUAUAGGUUACUAGUAUAUUGAAUUAUACAAGAUCUCUUUUGAUCGUUUCAACAUUUCCAUAUACUUAUAUUUAUUCAUUUUUGUAAAUUGAUAUACAACAAUAAAAUUAAAAACUGA